AUGAACGGUGAAAUGAUUGAGGCUAAAACAAGACACGUUGACUGGUCGGAGGUCGAUGUCGACACAUUUGUUCGGUUAUGUGAAUUUGCCUAUUUCAGAAACUACACCCCCCCUUCAUUUCGCCUGAUCGAAGGUCGGACUCCUCUGGAAGCCACAAAAGCAAUCAAGAAAAAAGUUCAACGCAAAAGUCGUCGCUCGAACGUGAUCCGGGACUCGCCUACAGCAGAACCCGAGCCUGAACCUGCGCCUGAAACGCCGGAACCUCUAGAUGAAGCACCACCGCCCGAGGGAACAGAAUGCAAUGAUCCAGAGAUUAUUUAUAAAGAACGAAGUGUUUGGACUGGACAGCUGCGGGAUAAAUUCACUCGGACUUUGGUCAUUCCGGGUACAGAAAGUAAUCCAUUGGAAACUACUUUCACAGCACCUGAAAUUACUGGUUCCUGGGAAGAUUUUCACCCUGUCUUUCUCGAGCAGGCAAAACUAUAUGUGCUAGCCGACAAAUACGGCAUAGAGCCUUUGCGUCAACUCGUUCUUUGCAAGCUUUACCAAACACUGAGCAGCUUCAAGCUAUUUGAUACAGGGGUGGGCAGUAUUAUGGAAUUUAUUCGAUUCGUAUAUUCGAACACACCCCCAAAUUACGGCGGUCGGGUAGAUGCUCUACGAAACUUGGUGACGCGUUAUGUCGUUUCUGUUAUUGGGCGGAUUGGAGAAAACCAAUGUUUCCAAGAGCUUUUAGAGGACGGCGGUCCCUUCGUCGCUGACUUCUGGCGCAUUAUUUGGAGUGUUGACGAAUCUCCCAGGAGCCAAUAG